AUGUCGUCAUCUCUCGCGGACAUCAUCUCCGCCCUGCCUGAUGGCGAGGGCUGGGGACCCCCGGCUACCACCGAGACCACCCUCGACGGCGUGCCCUACGCUCCCUUCUCCAAGGGCGACAAGCUCGGCCGCAUGGCUGACUGGGCUGCCGACAGCAAGGAUGGCCGUGAUGGCCGCGGCGGUCGCCAGCAGUACAACCGCUUCAAUAGGGAUCAGCAGGUUUACGGCGCGGGCAGCGUCUCGCUCUUUGCCGUUCCCCAACAGGCCGAGGACGAGGCCUCCUUCUCCGUCGUCUCCAACACCCGCGACACCGGCAAGACUCGCUUCGGCCGCGGCGCCGUCUUCACUCGGGGCCGUGGCCAGCGUGGCGCCGCCCAGACGACCCGUGGCGGAGGCCGCACCCAGUUCCAGCGCACUGGCGGUCGCCAGGGACAGCAAUACGGCGGGGGCUACGACGGCCGUGGUGGUGGCCGCUCGAACGCCGGCGGCAGGGGCGGACGGCGCUUCGGCUGGAAGGACUACGACAAGCCGCAGCGCAACCGUGAUGCCUCGAUCAACAUCAAGGCUGACUGGAAGCUGCUGGAGGAGAUUGACUUCAACCGUCUGGGCAAGCUGAACCUCGAGGCCGGCGAGGGCGAGGACAUCGACUCGUACGGUUUCCUGUACUACUACGACCGCGCCUACGACAAGCCGCCGGUUAGGGCGACCGAGCGCAAGCUGACGCCCAUCGACCGCGCCGCGUACAACGUCACCACCUCGUCCGACCCCGUCAUCCAGGACCUGGCCGACAAGGACGAGGCCACCAUCUUUGCGACGGAUAGUGUCCUGUCCAUGCUCAUGUGCGCCCCGCGCUCCGUCUACUCGUGGGAUAUCGUCAUCGCCCGCCAGGGCAACAAGGUCUUCCUCGACAAGCGCGAUAACGCCGCGCUCGACAUGGUCACGGUCAACGAGAACGCCGCCGACGCGCCGCUCGAGGCGUCCGAGGGCAGCAAGGACAACCUCAACCAGCCCCCCGCCCUGGCCGAGGAGGCCACCUACAUCAACCACAACUUUGCCAACCAGGUCGUGCUCGAGUCGGACAGCUCCAAGGUCGAGAUGGCGCACGAGAACCCGUUCUACAGCGCCAGCGACGAGUCGGCGCCGCCGGCCUCCAAGGCCUACAAGUACCGGCGCUUCGACCUGUCGACCAACGAGGAGGAGCCCGUCUACCUGGUCGUGCGGACGGAGCUCGACGCCGUGCAGAAGAACGCGCUCAGCGGCGAGGACCAGUUCAUGAUCAUCAAGGCGCUCAACGAGUUCGACAGCAAGGCCCAGGGCUCCGGCGGCGCCCUCGACUGGCGGACUAAGCUCGUCAGCCAGCGCGGUGCCGUGGUCGCCACCGAGAUGAAGAACAACUCGUGCAAGCUGGCCAGGUGGACCGUCCAGAGCUUGCUGGCCAAGGCGGACGUUAUGAAGCUUGGUUUCGUCUCGCGUGCCAACCCCAAGUCCAACGACAAGCACGUCAUCCUCGGCGUCGUCGGCUGGAAGCCGCGCGACUUUGCCAACCAGAUGAACCUGUCGCUGUCCAACGGCUGGGGCAUCGUGCGCACCAUCGCCGACAUGUGCCUCAAGAGCGGCAGCAGCGACGACGCCAAGUUCGUCCUGGUCAAGGACCCGAACAAGUCGAUCCUGCGCCUGUACGAGGUGCCCACGGGCAGCUUCGAGGACGACGGCGAGGAGGAGCAGCAGCAGGGCGGUGAGGAGGAGGCUGAGGAGUAA